AUAUGCCUAAACAAAGUAAGAAAAGAAAGCAGUGGAGUAAAGAAAACAUGAUCAGGGCGGUGAAAGCUGUAACAAACAAAGAAACGGGAUACCAAAAGGCUUCUAAACUAUAUGAAGUUCCAAAAGGAACACUUGAAAGAUAUGUGAAAGAUGAUAGAAAUCCAGAAGAGCUUGUCAAUGUAAAGGUAGCUCGAAGACGGGCUCUCCCUUUGGAGUUAUAA